AACAGUGAACUCAACUAAGAGGCAUUGAUAUGUCGUGUCUCCUUAAUGAAAAAUAAUUCGAAUAGCCUCAAAAAGUAUUAAUAAAAAUGUAUAAACUGUUUUAGUUCCGCCAGUAAACACAGUGGCAAUAAUAAAUGUGAUACAAGAAGACAGUGAAUCAAAAUGUUGUGUUACGGAUUUUUAAUAUACUUUGUGACAUUGUUUAGUAGCAGUAUUUGCGGUAAGGAUAUUGCUGGAUGGGGUUUAGUAGGAAAUCCAGUAGGACGAGCGAGGCCUUGCAAAGGAAAUAAUGAUAUAGAAGCGGUUUUUGAGUCUGGGUUACCUCCAGAAGAGGAAAACAAAUACGAUCUACAAAUUUAUGUAAAUUUUCCCAAAUAUUCCAGAGUUCAUAUUACGUUUGAUUCAGAAGCGACUGUUACUUUGCACGAUAAAUCGGUUGCCAGGAUAUCAACAUUUGGAAGUGAAUUUCAUAUAACAUUUUUCAAAUCAGCUCCAGCGCUGCAUAUGUCGGUGAAAGGUCCGAACAUCGGCAGCGUGCCGUAUCCUACCCGCAUUGAAGCUAAUGGUGUUCAGUUUUGUAAAGAACCUAAUGUGGGUUUCCUAGACAAUAUACUUCAAGGGUACAAAGAAACAGCACAUACAGUUUCUACAGUAAAACAAACUGGUUGUGGGAGACGCAAGGUUCAGCACACAGAGCUAAUCUUCAACGGUCAACCGACCAAACCUGGAGACUGGCCAUGGCAUGCCGCGGUAUACAGACUAGAGUAUGCGUCAGCGAAAUAUGUGUGUGGAGGCACUUUGAUUUCGAAGAAUUUCGUUUUGACAGCUGGUCAUUGUGUUACUAUCAAUGGAGCUCCAGUACUUCCUGAAAUAGUUAGCGUUAUCUUGGGAAAAUACAAUCUGAUUGGAGGAGAUGUGGCAACACAAGAAAGAUUGGUGCAUCAAGUGAUCGUCCACGAGGAAUAUUAUCAAAAGAAGCUGGACAACGACAUAGCUCUGGUGAAGCUGAAGACUGAAGCUAUAUAUGAUGAUUAUGUGCAGCCAGCUUGUCUGUGGAAUAUUGACUCGAUCAAGAGGCUGCCCGCUGGGAUUGUCUAUGGCACUGUUGUUGGUUGGGGUCUGAACCACACAGAAAAGCUCUCUAGUGAACUCCACCAAGUGUCUUUGCCCAAAAUUGGAGAGCAAACAUGUCUCAAGUCAAACCCCAACUUCUUUGGCAGAGUGCUUAAUUACAGAAAGUUUUGCGCCGGGUAUACUAACGGCACCUCAGCCUGCAAUGGCGACAGCGGCGGUGGAUUCCUAGUCUUCAUUCCGGACAUAGCUGAAGACACUUCAGCCAACGCGACCGGAGCCUGGUACAUCAACGGUAUUGUGUCUCUGGCUGUGAGCCGAACUGACGCAAAGAUAUGCGACACGACUCAAUACACACUGUUCACUAACGUUCACGCGUUCACCGGAUGGAUCGACGAGCAUAUAAGGAUUUUAUGAGGCAAUUCAUCGCUGAAAAUGUGCAUUUUGUUAAAUCUAUAUAUCUAUACAUAUCAUCAUAAUAUGAUAUAUGAUUUUGUUUCUGUAGGAAUUUCAUGCUGGCUAACUUAAAAAUCUUGAAAUCAUAUCCAAAAAUGCAUCAAAUAUGACUAGUUUGGGAGAUUAUAAUAUUCUCUUCCUCUGUAUGUAUCACACUAAUGUAUCAUUGUAUAAUGUGACUGUAUUCAACAAAUGAAAGAAUAUAAUUAAGAUUCUGUAAGAACCUCGUUGAGUCUUAAAUAACAACGUUAUGUAACAUUUGUUCUGAGGAAAAAGUAUUUUCUAUUCAUUUAUUAAAAUAUAUCAAGUUCCUUUUAAUGCUUGGAUUAGAUAAUUAAUAACACAUAAGUAAUGUAUAUUUGGGCAGUCAUCGUAAGAAUAGCAAAGGGAAAAUACAAAAAGCAGAGUAAAAUAAA